CCAAAAUGGCACAAAAUAAACAAACAGACACAAUCUGAAACUCAAUAUAUAAGAAGCUCACCAAUAAAAACCCAUUAUUAAUCAAUUCCACAAGUCAAGUUCCAUAACCAGAAUCAAUUUUAUUAUACUCUCUCCUCUAUAAUCAUCAACCAUACAAACAAACAAACACUUUCUUUCUUCCCUAGCUUAUUAGGGCUGAGCCUGAGAGCUUCUCACUGCCAUUACUACAAAAUCAACAAACAAACAAUCGAUAUCGUAUCGAUCAAACCGAAAAUGGAGGCAAGAGGGGCGGCAGCUCAAUCGGCCGACACCGUCAUGUCAGAGGCGGCCCCACCACCGGCACAAGCGGACUCUACCCACCCACAGCAACAGCCUCCACCACCGCAUCCGGUCAUGCCCGGAGUCGAGAGCAUUCCGGCCACGCUGAGCCACGGCGGUCGAUUCAUUCAGUACAACAUCUUCGGCAACGUCUUCGAGGUCACUGCCAAAUACAAGCCCCCUAUCAUGCCUAUCGGUAAAGGCGCAUACGGCAUCGUUUGUUCUGCUUUGAAUUCGGAGACGAACGAGCACGUUGCGAUAAAGAAGAUUGCAAAUGCGUUCGACAACAAGAUCGAUGCGAAGAGGACUCUGAGAGAGAUCAAGCUGCUGCGGCAUAUGGAUCAUGAAAAUGUUGUUGCAAUUAGGGAUAUAAUCCCUCCACCGCGGAGGGACCAAUUUAAUGAUGUUUACAUCGCAUACGAGCUAAUGGACACUGACCUCCAUCAAAUCAUUCGAUCCAAUCAAGCACUCUCCGAGGAGCACUGUCAGUAUUUCUUAUAUCAGAUCCUCCGCGGAUUGAAAUACAUUCACUCCGCAAACGUUCUGCACAGGGACUUAAAACCUAGCAAUCUUCUCCUAAAUGCCAACUGUGACUUAAAAAUAUGUGAUUUUGGACUAGCUCGAGUCACCUCCGAGACUGAUUUUAUGACUGAAUAUGUUGUUACAAGAUGGUACCGUGCACCAGAGCUUCUGUUAAACUCUUCAGAUUACACUGCAGCUAUUGAUGUAUGGUCAGUCGGUUGUAUUUUCAUGGAAUUGAUGGAUAGGAAGCCAUUGUUUCCUGGCAGAGAUCAUGUGCAUCAACUUCGUCUGCUUAUGGAGCUGAUUGGCACCCCAUCAGAGGCUGAGCUGGGGUUUUUAAAUGAAAAUGCUAAGAGAUAUAUUCAGCAACUUCCUCCGCACCGUCGACAGUCAUUGACUGAGAAGUUCCCUCACGUCCAUCCUUCAGCUAUUGAUCUUGUUGAAAAGAUGUUGACAUUUGUUCCUACAAAGAGAAUUACAGUUGAAGAUGCCCUAGCUCACCCCUACUUGACAUCUCUCCACGACAUCAGUGAUGAGCCUGUUUGCAUGACUCCCUUCAGCUUCGACUUUGAGCAGCACGCACUGACUGAGGAACAGAUGAAAGAGCUGAUCUACCGAGAGGCACUUGCAUUUAACCCCGAGUAUCAGCCACAAUGAGAGGAAUCAUGCAAUGCAAUUGUGGGUUUUCAUCUAUGUUCCGUUUGUUUGGUCAUCAUCGGAUUGAUUUUUCAUGUAAAUAUGUUCCAUCCAGAAGUGGAAAGGUUCUAGAUUGGAAUUAUUUGAUUAACUGGGAACAACGGUAAUAUGUUUGUAUCCGCCAGUUUGCUUUCUAUUGAUCUAUCUAAUUGUUGAAUUGGGCAUACUGCUGAUGAAUUAAUAUUUUAUUUUCUUCAA